GUGUGUAAUUUUGUACAACGUACGCGUGCGUAUAAUAACAUUUUUAAAAGCUUGCGAUCAGCUGUGGUUUAAAUUGAUGUUUAGAUAAGGACAGAAAAGCUAGAUGCGCAGGACGAUAUUCUAAUCUUUGAUUGGAAGUCGAAAGGACCGACUGCACCGUAGGUAAAAUACCCUCAAAAAAUGUUUUACGAAAAAUGUUCAAACCUGCAAUGUACCGCCUAUGUAAAUAUACGAAGAGUUUAAUCACUUAAUAUGUGCCCAUCUCUAACAGCUCUAUAUUGAAAAUUCGAUCUUGUACCUGGCGACGAGUCGUUCCGCGAAUCUGCGUUUGCAGGAAUGGCUACUGGAACCCGGAUUGUGGAAAAUAAAGGAUUAUUUAUUAUUGACGUUUUUAAAAUAUUGCAUCAGGGAUAAAGAGAUACGGCGUCAAAUGGAGGGGCAGUACUUUAUUACCACAACGAUAAACAUGACAAAAUUAGUAGCGGCGUCGGCAACGUCGGAAUCAGCAGCAGAGUCCCAAACGCGACACUUGUGUCCAAAUCCACGUGCUCCGGGAGUGUUUUUAUUUUAGUCCCAAUUCGAAAAUGUCAGUGGGUCAUCAAGCGAAAAGGCAGGAAGAUGAAGAGGAAAGCGAUGCACCACCGGCACCUCCAGACGGGGGUUGGGGUUGGAUGGUUGUCUUUGGAUCUUUUAUGAUACAUAUUAUCACUGAUGGGGUAACAUAUUCUUUUGGAGUUUUCUACGACGAAUUCUUAGAUUAUUUCGAAGAAGGAAAGGCUGCGACAGCAUGGAUCCUUUCCAUUCUAGUUGGUGUAACACUAUGUUCAGGUCCGAUUUCAAGUUCCUUUGUUAACAAAUGGGGUUGCCGGCCAGUCACCAUAGCCGGCGCAAUAAUCGCCAGUAUCUGUAUGAUAAUUUCGGUAUUUGCUCAAAACGUCACAACUCUUUAUUUUACGAUUGGAAUAGGAACUGGUUUCGGUUUCGGCCUCAUCUACUUACCAGCAAUAGUAAGCGUAACAACUUAUUUUGAAAAAAAACGAUCACUUGCAACCGGAAUAGCAGUGUGUGGUUCUGGCUUUGGCACCUUCAUUUUUGCUCCUAUAAUAACCCGACUACUUGUGGAAUACGGUUGGAGGGGAGCAAUGUUAAUUAUAGCUGGCAUAGUCUUAGAAUGUAUUGUUUUUGGAUCUUUGUUUCGGCCUUUGGAAAGCGAAGAAGAAAAAAAUUUUAAACCAUUACCAAAAAUCACUCUAAAAUCGAUCGAAGCCAAAGUUGAUCUGCACGUGUCCGAACAUAACUUACAACAGAUUUCGACUAUGAAUGGAAACGGUCAGAUACAUAGACCACAUAGUUUAGGACACUUUUCCAUGCCUCGAGGAACCAAACUCUUGGAACCAAGCAAAAACAUAUCUAAUGGAAAAACAUACGAAGCAUCUAGACUUGCUUUAAGCCAACCUAUGCUUGCACAGACCGAUCGUCCCUACCAACAACGUUAUGGUAGUCAGAAUUUACGAAAACAUGGACCAUUGGACAAACCAGACGUUUUCUAUCAAGGCAGCUUAAUGAACAUACCUGCCUACAGAUCUCGACUUGAUUUGAAAAACAAAGAAGAAAUAGCCUUUUUGGGAAGACGACACUCUUCGAUCACUUACAGGAGACGACAUGUGGAUAAUAACAAACCAGAAACAACACUAUGUGGGUGUAUACCCUGUUCGCAGGAAACCAAAGAUACUUUGAAAGAAAUGCUAGACUUUAGCCUUUUCCACGACUGGAUUUUUAUACUAUUCAUCACAAGCAAUUUUUUGACCAGCAUUGGUUUUAACAUACCCUAUGUUUACAUCGUCCCAAAAGCUAAAUCAAUGAAUUUGUCAGCGAAAGAAGCUAGUAUGUUAUUAUCCAUUAUCGGAUUUGCUAACACAAUUGGAAGAAUCGUUUUGGGGUAUUUUUCCGACAAAGCUUGGGUUAAUCGCCUUAUGGUUUACAAUUGGUGCCUAACACUUUGUGGAAUAGCCACGACUUUUAGUGCCUUUUGUCCCUCAUUCUACACUUUAGCUAUAUUUGCUAGUGCGUUUGGUUUUACGAUAGGUGCGUACGUUGGACUUACAUCUGUUAUCUUGGUCGAUUUGUUAGGACUUGAGAGACUUACAAAUGCUUUCGGUCUUUUACUUUUAUUUCAAGGUAUUGCUUCUCUCAUAGGACCCCCCAUGGCAGGUGCCUUGUAUGAUGCAACGCUUUCUUACGAUCCUGGAUUCUACCUUUCUGGAAUUACUAUAUCUCUCAGUGGAGUAAUAUUGUUUUUCAUUCCUCCAAUUCAGCGAUGUGUAGACAGAAAGCAAGAAAGAAAUCCCACAGAUAUAUAGCAAUUACUGGUACCUCACGUAGAGGGGGAUUUUAGGUUUUAUAAUACUAUUUAAUUUUUUUAAUAACUUACAUAUCAGUCAGUUCCGACUGAAAUUGAUGUGCCAUAAUAUUAUAUUAUCUGCAAUGCAGAUCGUUAGUGUAAAAAGAUGAUUCCGGAUAAGUGUUCAGUGAUUUCAGGAAAGUAAUGUGAUUGACAUUCAUCAUUAAAUAUUUGUGCUUAAUUUUAAUAUGAUAACGUGAAUGUAUGUUGUACGAACAUUUUUAUACAUAAUUUGAGACUUGCUAUGUUUAGUUACUUAGUGUAAAUAUUGUAAAUAAAUUAAGAAAUCUGAGACCAAAUACAUUUUAAAGCAUUAGAAAAAAUUAA